AUGAAGGAUGCCAACGGAGGAACUGGUCACCUUUUGGGGCUAGUCGAGAACAUUCCUCUGAAGCUCGGCCACAUCAGCACGCCAAUCAAUGCCUUCAUUGCAGAGAACCCUCCGUUUGAUGGUCUACUCGGACGACCUUGGCAGCAGGCUCACAAGAUCUCAAUCGUUGAGAAGCCUGAUGGCACGUAUCUGGAGUUCCCGCCGACCUCAGGAUAUCCCAAGUCAGAGAUGCUUGUUGACCCACUCCCCAGUAUGCCGUCAAUGCCAGCAUCAGAAGUCCCAGGAGUCUACGCCACCAUCAAGGAGUGGACAGCCGAUGACAUUGUAGGACCCAUCCAGGACAUCGACCUCGCAUCAGACAGCAGUGCCUCUGACACCUCAGACAGUUCAGAUGACCUGCCCGACUUGGUCACUGACUCAGAGAGCAGCUCGGAUGAUGAUGAGUCCAUCAGAACCCCGUCAAAUGACUUUGAUGAUGAGGAUAGUCCAUUCCUCAAUCCUGACACCGACGAUGCCGGCUACGAUGCAGACGACGAGGUCAUGGAGAGGUCAUGGCACACCCGGAUCCUUCCGCCACGAGGAGACAUUAUGGUUCCACUAGCUGGACAGCUGAACACGGUCAUAACACAACCACCGAGCAUGAGAGAAGCACCUCAGACACCACAGUUCAGUCGCAUCUCACAGACCGGACCGACCACAGUUGCCGCGCACCACUCGUUUAUGUUCCAUGACACCACACAAGAGGAGUUCACCACAUUCCUCCUUCCCAACGCCUCUCUUAGCAACCAAUUCGGAAGCUACCGUGGACAUGUGCUUAUCAGCAUACUGCCAUCCCAGCCAGUACAGCCAAGGGUACCUGUAAACUCGAUCACGAUUGGAAGUGUAGUCCCGAUGGGCCGUCAUCACAUGCAUUAUCUGCCACAGCCUCCACCGCUCAUCAUCCUACGGAUUACCAUUGGUCACUUGGAGAUACCGUUCCUAUUGGACACAGGAUCACAGGUAGACUGCAUCCACACGGACAUAUACAAGGCUCUGGGAGGAUCACUCCAUUGGCCCCGCCACAACCUUCGGCUCAUUAAUGCAAAUGGACAGCCACUCAAAGACCGAGGAGUUUGGAGGACACCACUCAAGUUUGGGAGCAUCACAUCUGUCACGGAUCUCCAUAUCGUCGACAACCUCACCACACCAGGCAUUCUUGGCCAGCCAUGGCAGCACCGUAACCAGAUGUGGUUCCGCCAUUCCGCUGAUGGAGUCAUGAUUGGAGUUCAAUCUCAGGAUGGCCGGAAGACAUACGAACUUCUCCUCUCGUCGCUGCAAGCUCAGCAGAUGGCAUGGCAUCGGGCAGCACAGAUGUGUGCCUCUAUCAGAAGAGAAGAUCCGGACAUACCCGUGAUGGACUUCUCUGAGACACACCGCCUCCGCGAGAUGAUGGACCCAACCAAGAAGGAUGUAGGCACACAGACGGAUGGAACAGACACACGUGCACUUUCAACCAUAGCCGAAGAAGCUGGAGAAGAGGACAACAUUGAGGCAGACCCGUAUGUUCCAUCGUACCGGGACCCGUGGGACGUAGACCUCAAGUCACCCCAUGAGGAUGGUCCAAGUGACGCCACCAUUGAGAACCGGAUGUAUCGCGACCUGCUCAUCAAGUACCUUGUGGAUCAUAAGCAUGACCAAGACAAGGCCAAGCCAUUCGUAGACAUCCCGGAGGUUCUCUCAGCAGACCGAAUGAUCCUCAAUGAGUCCUGGAAGACAUAUGGUGUAAAGAACGAGGAGCUAUUCCUGCUACGGAACAUGCUUAUCAAGGUUGACGGAGUGUACCGAGAAGGCCAUGCUGCCCUGCACAUGAUUUACUUCCCACACACAACAGAACGUGUCAAGGAAGCGGAAGCAGUGGACCGUGCAGUUGCACAGAAAUCCAGUGACUCCCUUGUACUCAGCGAGCACAACUCGCCUGUGUCAUCGGAAUCACGCUUCCUCCCGCACCUAACCCAGAUGGACAUAGAGGAGUUUAUGGAUGAACUCGAGGCAGAUGAACUUAGUGCACACCGACAGCGAGUCAAAUGGGUCACCGCACCAGAGGCAGAAGUCUCAGUCUCGCAGACUCUCACCUCACAGACCCUUGACGACCUCAGCAUGACAGCCGACACGGACACCGCAGACUCGGACCAUAGCAUGGAUGAUGACUGGGAAGAUACCACAUCCAACGGAGAAGUCGCCUCACUCGCUGAAGCACGGAGUACUCCGCCCGUACCACCGAACUCCCCAGCUCUAUAG